AGUUUGCGGUUGUCCCUCCGGCGGGCGGUACGCAGCGGGAAAUGAGCAGCGGCGGCGGCGGCGGAUCGGCGGGAGCGGACUGAGCGCGGAGGGUCAGCAUGGCGGAGGCGGAGGUUCCGGGUGCGGCUCCGUGCCCGGGCCCCGGGGUCGGGCUGGCGGGGUCUGGGUCUGGGUCCGGGCCCGGGCCGGGCUCUGGGCCCCCGGCGGCGGUGGCUGCGGUGGCGGCGGCGGGGCCGCUCCUUCCCCGCUCCCUGGAGCGGGCCCUGGAGGAGGCGGCGGGCUCCGGUAUCCUCGCCCUGAGCGGCCGCAAACUCAAGGAGUUCCCGAGGAGCGCGGCCGCCCUGGACCUGAGCGACACGGUGGAGGCAGAUCUGUCAAAGAACAGACUGAGUGAAAUUCCACUGGAGCUAUGCCACUUUGUCUCCUUGGAGAUGUUAAACCUGUAUCACAAUUGCAUCAAAGUCAUUCCAGACUCAAUCAUCAAUCUGCAGACACUGACCAAUUUGAAUUUGAGUCGAAAUCAACUCUCGACAUUACCGUUGUGCCUCUGUGCUCUUCCUCUUAAAGUCUUGAUAGCCAGUAACAAUAAAUUAGUGUCGCUUCCAGAAGACAUUGGACAGUUGAAAUGUUUAAUGGAACUGGAUGUGAGCUGCAAUGAAAUUACAAGUUUGCCACAGCAGAUCGGACAACUUCAGUCACUCAGAGAGUUGAACAUCAGGCGAAAUUACCUGCAGAUUUUGCCAGAGGAGCUAGCAGACCUCCCACUUGUGAAGUUAAACUUCUCCUGCAAUAAGAUUGUGUCAAUACCAAUCUGUUACAGGAAUAUGAAGCACUUACAGAUAUUAGAAAUGGAUAAUAAUCCACUGCAGUCUCCACCAGCACAGAUCUGCAUGAAAGGCAAAGUGCACAUAUUCAAAUACCUGAAUAUAGAGGCGUGCAGAAUUGACAAGAAUGCAGAGUCCCUUUAUCAGCAACCCAUAGAGAAGGUCCGUAUGCCGCAGCCAGUUGGAGGGAGCAUUGAAGAUAUUUAUCCUGACAAAAAGCAAGAUUUUGACUCGGGAAUUGGGAGUGACAAUGGUGAUAAACGCCUGUCAGCGACUGAACCUUCAGAUGAAGAUACAGGCAGUCUGACCCUUCAGAUGGCGCAUAUCUCUGAAGAAAAUCAGUUGAAUAAACAGGAGGAAUAUUUGAAUGUUAGAUCCAUGAAAGUGGAACCUGAUCAGGAAUCGAAGGAGCUGCUGCAAAAUAAUCUAGAAGUGAAAGACCGGUUGUCUGGCAGGGAUGAUGGGUUGAGUUCUGAGUUUAGGACUUACAUAAAGGAAAGGGUGAUGGAGUCUGAAGAACCACUGCGAAUUGAGGAAGAUGCAACUUGGACGUUAGAGCAUAUACGAAACACAGAUCAGCAUCUGGACACUGAACCAGAGGCGAUAGAAAGCUCAAGUUUACCAGAAAGCACUAUCCAGGAACAGCAGAGAUUCAAUGUGAAUUGUAUGGACAUGAGUGAAGUGCAUCUGUAUCGUUUACAGAUGGAAACAACAACCCCUUCAGAAUUUAAAACAUCUGCAGUAAAUGGGCAGGCACCAAAGAUCAAUUCCUCAUCAAAGUUCUCCAGUUACCAGGCUCUUGCUCCAUUUUGUGUAGAUGAGGAUUCUUCAUCUGAGACGGAAAGCUCUACCUUGGAGCUAGAGUUUCAGAGGAAACGAGAAGUUAUGCUGGAGAGAGCGCGGCUUGAAGCUCAGGUGGCAUCAUCACAGCGAUUGGAAUGGCAGAAGUCCAAGCAGAAUGCAAGUAAGAGCCUGGAGAGGAAUGAUUCUCAAAAUGAGGAUGAAGACAAGACUCCUACAGUCACUCCCACAAUGUCUCCUGUAGCAUCUCCCACUGCUCCCUUUGGACUGAAACCACGAUCUGUCCAAGCCAACUCUCCUCCUUUGGACUCCCCUCCUCCCUCCUUCAGAGAGUUGACACAGACACACAUAGAGGAACGCAGUACCGUCACUACCCCUCAGGAAGAAGACAGAAGUCAUGUUUUCUUUCGGUCUGUACGGAAUUUUGAAUCCAUGGAUCCUCAAUUUACAAUCCGUAGGAAAAUGGAACAGAUGAGAGAGGAAAAAGAACAUAUCGAACAACUCCGGGAGAGUAUUGAAACAAGACUAAAGGUUACUUUGCCAGAAGAAAUUGGAGCAGCUCUGAUGGAUGGAGUAGUUCUGUGUCAUUUAGUCAAUCACAUCCGUCCGCGAUCUGUACUCAGUAUACAUGUUCCAUCACCGGCAGUGCCUAAACUGAGCAUGGCAAAAUGUAGGAGAAAUGUGGAAAACUUUCUAGAAGCCUGCAGGAAAAUGGGAGUGCCUGAGGAAAAACUAUGUCUGCCCCAUCACAUACUAGAGGGAAAAGGGUUGAUGAAAGUAAGUAUGACCGUUCAAGCACUGCUAGACUGGGCCAUAACCAAACCCUCGUUAUUUUCAUGAAUCCAGAGUUGCAUUGCCGCUGGCCUCAGAACACCCAACGAGUGCCACAACCUGAAGGCCCAAAGUGGAGACAAGAUGUACAAGAAAAGGACACUUUUCAUGACUUGACAGGUGGAUCCAACUUAUGUCCAUUAAGACACUAGCAUCAUUUGUUUUGAAAAUAUAAUGGGAAGCUACGUAUGUUAAAGUAUUUAAUCAGUAUGUUAACUUUGCCGAUAUUUACAGCUUUGCAGCAGUCAGGCAAAGCUAAGGUUUUUAAGUAUGCUUUAAUAUAUUAAAAAGAAAUUUCCUUUCGGUGUGCUAAUUUGUUUAGUUGCUAUGAUAUUCCAAUGGCUUUUAAGACACAUUGUGAGAAAGUUUAGAACGUUUUCUUAAGUUAUUUAUAUUAUUUAUUCAGGAGGUGUUUUACCUAUCCAUUUGGAUGAAGUUGUAAAUUUGACAAACUUACAGCUAAAACUGCUUUUUUUUUAAAAAGAUGAUAGGAACAAUUUUAUUGUACGGCAACAAUCUGUGCAUUUUAGUUGAUGCUUAGUUUCACCUAUCAUUUUAGUUGAUGCUUAGUUUCACCUAUCAUGUGAUCCUUUGGCUUCCUGAAAUGUGCUGGUGAUCUUUAUUUAUGUGAAAUGAUUUACUGACGGGCUGAGCGGUCACUAAUCUGAAUCAAUGUAUGAAAAACAGCUUAUCUGGAUUGUGUCUCAGGGUGGUCACUGCUCCACAGUAAAAUUGCCAGUGAAUAGUUCAGUACCGUUUACAAAACAAAACUGACAAAAUGUCUCUAUCAGUUGAUGAUUGAUAUCUUCAGUGUGCUUCAUUCCAUUAGAACAUUCCAGAUUGUGUAACCUUCGACUGUUUAGAUUAGUUGGUUAAUUUGAGCUGAAGCCAAUUUGAUGUAAAUUCUCCAAAGGGAUAUGCAAAGUGAAACGUAAUCCUCAUUCAGAUGAGUAGUUUUGAUUAUAAAAGAGUUGUUGUCUAACAACAGAAGUUUGUGUGUGCAAGGAAUGAAUGGAGAGUUUUAUAGUCAAUGUACCUUAUUGCUCUCAUAUUUGUGAUUGAACUGGCUUGACUUAAUAACUAACUUGCUUAAAAUUUUUCACAAAAAAAGAACUCAGUUUACACUGUUGAAAGAUUAAUAUUUGAGUAUUAAAUAUUGCAAUGAUACCAAAAACACAGCCUAAAUGACAAGUGCUAUCAAAAGACCUAUGGUCUGUUAUGUGUAUGUGAGCUUUAGUUCCCUACAUUGUGCUGCACAGAUCAAUGCAAUUCUCCCAUUCCCAGUGUACUUGCUGUCAGUGGAUUCAAGUGCUGCUUGAAUUUCAGUUAACGCUGUCAAACUAGCAAGUGCCAACUAGUGAUUUAUUUGCCAAACCUUAAUGUUCAUAUUCAAAUUACUCUGAUACUCUUGCCAAAAUGGGAACCACUACAAGCUAUGAUAACACCCAGGGAGUCAUAUUGCCACCAAAAGAUGCCAAGUUGUGAGCACUUUGACUGCCAGUCAGUUGAAAUUGAUUUAAAAUUAUUUUGUAAACUGCAGAAUACACUACUAAUAACAUUUUUCAAACUCUCUUAUUGCUUAAAGGUAAAGUGAAUGAAACUUUGUGUCAUUGGCAGUAAAGUUAAUUAGAUUUGCUAACCAAAAGUUAAUUAGAUUUCAACAUAAAAGGAGAUAGUUGGUAAAGAGAGCUGGUUAAAUGAACACUAUUUCAACUUUAAACUUCUUUUAACCAAGAAGCUUUUUUCUCUAUAAAAUUAAACAUUGUUUUGCAAUGGAGUAGUGUAGGUAGAUGGGCUUCAGAUUGGUUUCAUAGGUUGGCACAACGCUGAAGGCCGAAGGGCCUGUACUGCCCUGUAAUGUUCUGUGUUCUAAUGCACUCUUACUAAGUAAAUGGAAAGGAGCUUAGGUAUUGGAGAAUUGUCAGGAUACAGAUUAUGGGACAGGAGCAAGGAAUUUGCCAUUGCAUACUCUCCACCUCAUUCUGAAGAGAAACAAAUAUGCAGAGCUCUCGAGAGACAGCAAGGGGUAUGGAAUUACCUGAGUUCCUCUUGCAGAGAACCAGCUGACUGACUGGCCUUUCUAUGUUGAUGAACUCAGAGUAACUUGACUUGAGUCCGUGGCCACAUUCGAUUGUGUGUAGAAUCAGGGAGCCCCAGCUAAACCAAUUAAUGGAAAUCAGGGAAAGCUUCCCAUUGGUCAGAGUCAUACCUGGCACAAAGGAAGAUGGUUGUGGUUUUUGGAGAUCAGUCAUCUCAGCUUGAGGACAUUUCUGUAGGAGUUCAUCAGGAUAUUAUCCUAGAUCCAACAGUCUUAAGCUGUUUCAUCAAUUUGUUUCCUUCCAUAACAUGGUCAAAUAAAACAGUCCAGCAAGACAUGGACAAAAUCCAGUUUUAGGUUGACAAGUGGCAAAUAACAUUUGUACCAUAGAAAUGCAAAGCAGCGACCACCUACAACAGAGAAUUUCACCAUUGAUCCUUCACAUUCAAUUGCAUUACCUUCACUUAAUCCUCACUAUCAAUACCCUGGGGUUACCAUUGACCAGGAAUUGGGCCAGCAUUAUAAAUACAGUGGCUACAAGAGGUUGAGAAUCCUGCACCGAGUAUCCCAUCUCCUUGACUCCCCAAAGUUCAGCCCACCAUCCAGAAGGCACAAAUCAGGAGUGUGAUGGAAUACUCCGCAUUUCUGUAGAUGAGAGCAGCUCUGACAACACUCAGGAAAUUUGACACCUUCCACGACAAAGCAGCUUGCUUGAUUGGCACCACAACCCCAAGUACUCACUCCCUCUAUCACUGAUGCUUAGUAGCAGCAGUAUGUACUAUCUACAGGAUGCACUGCAGAAAUUCACCAAAGAUCCUCGGUCAGGACCUUCCAAACCAUGAUCACCACUAUUUAGAAAGAUAAGAGCAGCAGAUAUAUGGGACACUACUCCUGUAACUUCACGUCCAAGACACCCUCCGAACCACUUGAAAAUAUAUUUCUUCAGUGUCACUGGGUCAAAAUCCUGGAAUUCCCUCCAGAAUGAUAUUGUGGGUCAUGGAGAUUUACAGGAUUGGAAAAGGUACUUUGGCCCAUCAUGAGACUGCCGGCCAGAAAUAACCACUUAUUCUAACCCCAUUUUCCAGCACUUGGCCCAUCGUUUUUGAAUACCUUGGCAUCACAAGAGCACAUCUAAAAACCUUUUUACAUGUUAUUAAGAUUUCUGCCUCUGCUACCCGUAGAGGCAAUGAGUUCCAGACUUACACCACCUUAUUAGUUUUUUUUCUCAAGUCUCCUCACAACCUUUGGCCUCUAACCUUAAACCUAAAGCUCUGGUAAUGAUCUCUCCAUCUCGCAGAAAGAUUUCUUCUUAUUUACCCUAUCUAUGCUUCUCAUGAUUUUAUACACCUCAAUCAUGCUCCCUCUCAAUCCCCUCUGUUCUAAGGAAAACAAUCCCAGUCAGUCCAGUUUCUUUUCUUAACUCCAACCCAGGCACCAUCCUAGUAAAUCUCUUCUGCCCCCACUCCAGGGCUAUCGCAUCACUUCUAUAAUGUGAAUUCCAAAACUGCACACUGUACUCUAGCUGUGGCCUAACCAACAGUUUACACAGUUCCAUCUCCCUGUUCUUAAACUCUGUGACUCAGCUAAUAAAGGCGAGUGUACCAUACACCUUUUUAACCACUUUACCCAUCGAUCCUGAUAGCUUAAGGGGACUGCUGGACAUAAGCACCAAGGUCCCUCUGAUCUUAAUUGCUUACAGCACAUGGGCUGCAGUGGUUCAAGAAGGCAGCUCAGUACCACCUUCGUGGGCAGUUAAAGAUUGGCAAUGAAUACUGACGCAGCCAGUGCCACCCAUAUCUCUGAAUGAAUAAAAAGGUUUGAUAAUACUAGGGCUGAAAAAUGAACACAGUGACUGAACCAAAAUCCUUUACUCCUCUUAAAAAAAACUUCCAUCCCCAUCUGGGCAUUUCUGAGAAAUACAUAGGCAAAAAUUUAACGAAUUAAAUUAAAAGUUUUGCUAGAUUAAUUAAAUUAAUACCCAAUAUCUGCAGUUAUCAUGAUUGUUUCACUAUCAGCUUUUUGUUGUUUCUAUCAGCAGUGACGUGUAGGUCCAGAAUGGUGCAGCCAGUCCGUGCCAGAACAAUACAUUAUGAAGGGCAGUGGUGUAGGAAGGUGUUCAGUGUGUUAAUGUGCACUAUUGCAAAGGAAAAAUAUCGUCGACUUUCAGUUAUCAUGUCUGGUCUCGUGAAAUCAACCAAAUUAUAUUUUGUGACAUAUCACACCUGUUGGAAAUGCAGUGGAAUGAGGGAACUUGAAAGCCAGAGAAACCUAUGGGUUUCACUGUCGUUACCUCUUGCAUCUUAAAGAUUGUUUCUGGAAAUAGUACUGGAUUGCGGUAAGUUUAGCUUUUGUUUGUUGCAGUGAAACUCAAUGGGGAGCAAGGCAGAGCAGAGGAAGAGGGGAUGUGCCUAUUGGAACAGGUCAGAAUUACAGUGAAUGUGGCAGAUCUGUAGGGAGUAGGGUGAAGCUGUAAGGUGAAGGAUGGGUCUGUCAGGAAGUGUGGGGGUGCAGGGUGAGGCUGGAGGUAACUGGGCUGGAGGAAGGUAUAAGAAUGGACAACGCUACAGAGUGCUCUAUGGUGAUAAGAAUCUGAACUGGAUUAAUUCAACUUAUGUCUAACAAUCUUAAACAGAUGGAGCCAGCUACUAUGGAUUGCGAUUCUGUAUGUUCUUAGUGAUAUAGUAUUUUUUUCUUCUUGGAAUCCUUUCUAUUACUGAAUGGAACCAUGCAAGAGGACCAAUGUGUAGGUAUCUAAUUAAACAAAUCAGAGUGACAGUCACAACAGUCACGAAAGGAUUGUUUUCUAUAAACUCAUUUACAGCUGAAAUUGUGCUGCUAGAAAAGCGCAGCAGG